UAUCCUCAACUUGUGAGAAAGUAACCUCAUUAUCACAAUAAUUAUUCAAUUUCGUACCAUUCAUUACCCCAAACAUUAAAGUAAAGAUAAGCCUCUAAUCUCGACCCUCAUCACUAAUUCAAAAUCAAACCCCAAUUAAACUAUCAUAAUUCUCUUGUUUAAGGGCCUCCUUUCUCUCUCUCUUAGUCCACACCCAAACAAAAUUAAAAAAAGAAAAUCAAAAACAGAAUACGAGAGAGAAAUCUCUCCUCCUCGAGGAGAAACGCCGUUAAACAUUAAACGCCGUUUCCCUAAACCACUCCCAUUUCUCACGUGACUUUGAAACUACAAAAGUUUAUAAAGCGCAAGUCACGUGAGCUUUGAGAUGGCGCUAGAGCAGUUGAGUUUAGGUACGGUGGCCGUUGACGGCGGAGCAGACGGCCGUCAGCCCUCCGGCGAUGGCGGCGACGAAGGGGGCAAAACGGUGCGGCUCCCGCGGUGGACGAGGCAAGAGAUCCUGGUGCUCAUUCAGGGGAAAAGAGUGGCGGAAAACCGGGUGAGAAGGGGCCGCGCAUCCGGCUCGGCCUUCGGGUCGGGUCAGAUAGAGCCCAAGUGGGCGUCGAUUUCUUCAUACUGCAAGAGGCACGGGGUGAACCGGGGCCCGGUCCAGUGCCGGAAGAGAUGGAGCAAUUUGGCCGGGGAUUUUAAGAAGAUAAAGGAGUGGGAGUCGAGGAUUAAGGAGGAAACGGAGUCUUAUUGGGUCAUGAGGAAUGAUUUGAGGAGAGAGAGGAAAUUGCCUGGCUUUUUUGAUAGGGAGGUUUAUGAUAUUCUCGACGGCGGCGCCACCGCCGGCGAGGACGUCGAAGGCCUGCGUUUGGCUUUGGCGCCUGGGCCCGCGGCGGAGCCCGUCGAUGAGGAGCCGGAGGCGUUGUUUGACAGUGGGCGCAGCGCUGCCGUCGAUGAUGGGCUCUUCUCGGAUUUCGAGCAAUCGGGUCAGGAGGCGGCGCCGCCACGGACCUCCGAACAGAGCAGGGAAACUCCGGUGAAGGAUAUCCCCGCUCCCACGCCGAUUUCAGUUGCAGAGAAGCAGUGUGGAUCAUUUCCUCAAGAAUCCCCUGCUCAAGAGAAAGCAAGUGGGUCGGAAGGAGGAAGGAAAAGAAAGCGAUGUGCAAGUGAUGGAGAGAGUGAGCUUCAACAUGAGCUGAUUGAAGCUUUGGAGAAAAACGGGCGAUUGUUGAACUCGCAACUACAAGCUCAGAACACUCAUCUUCAGUUGGAUCGCGAGCAGCGAAACGGCCAUGUUAAUAGCUUCAUAACAGUCCUUAACAAACUCGCUGAUGCACUUGGAAGGAUUGCAGACAAAUUGUAGCCUCUUAGUUGCUGUACAGAUUUGUUUUUCUUCAAGAUUUUGUUACUUAUGCUCCUUCAACUACCAAUCAAUAAUGCCCUUUUUCUCAUUUUAGGGUUAGAGCUGAUUGAUUUUAGAUGCACACUGUUUUAUAGGAUUAUUGUAAUAAAUUUUGGCAAGUUACCAA